AAUCUUCAACAGAGGGGGGUCAUAGUAAGAUCAAUCGAUGGUUCACUAUGAUUUGAUGAGCUGUUUAUUUGUUUGAUAACACUUACUUCAUUUGGGUUGCUGGUAACAACUUGCUACAAAAGUUAAGAAGCAUCAGUCAGUUUGGUUGUAUGUCGAGCAGCUACACAAACUCGGGAGGUCUCAUAUCUGGGUGAUAUUUCACUGUAGGUAUUCGGGCUUUAUGGUGAAGAUCAUGCUACUCAAGGAAUGGCAACACCAAGUUACAGUAAGGUAAUGCAAUCAAGAAAGCUGUGGGAUGGUAGUCGUGGUACCACCCUACCUCCUGUAGCUCCAACAUCCAAGAAACCUGAGGGUAGACCUAGACCAGGUCUUCAUCGAGUCCAACCUCCAGGACAGUCCAAACCAAGGGGUAUCCACGAUCGAGGGGGAUUGGAGCUGCCAAACAGUGGCAGACGUAGAUCAAUGUCUUUUGAUGAUGCAUAUUUCCAGAAAGCAUUUGCAGCACAGGGGCAGACUCAUCGCAACUUUAGAGUGUCACGUCCAAGAGCCGAGACAAAUGCCUCGAGACAGAAUCCUUCAGGUAACAACAGUGCCAUCAAAGAGUGGGAUAAUUGGUCAGACAGUGGUCAUAUCCAUGGCCACAAGGGGACAUCAGCUCUGUCCCUUCCUGGCUUUAACAGCCACAGGGAUCUUCAAGGAGAGGUUCGCAUUCGCCAUCCAGUGAUGUCCAUGUACAAGCGCAGUACAUACCCCUAUCACACAGACUCUUCUAGUAGCCUGAUCACACCAAGCUCAGACUACUAUUUUGGGUACAAGGGUAGGAGCAGACACUGCCAUCAGUUCUUGGAAGAAAAGGAAGUGAAGCAUGAGAAUACGUAUCGUAUGGAUCCUAGGAACAACUUCCAUCAGGUGGAGGGAAAUAUCCGCAGGAUGAUGGAAGACUACCUGGAGAACACCCUUGACAGUCUCUCUGCAAACUCAUCAGCUACUGCAGAAGAAGCUGCUCAUGCUGCCAAAGGGUUGGUAGAGUCCAUCAAACACCAGGUGAAACUGCAGCGAUUGGCACGCUACAAGAUCAUCUCACUGGCAACGAUAUGCCUAAAAUGUGGACAGGAUAUGGUCAGUUCAAGCCGCUGUGUCUGGGACACCAAGACAGAUGGGUUUCUGUCUGUGACGAAACAAAACAAGGAUUGGUUUGGUGAAGUAACAGUUUAUGCAGUGUACCAUGAAUAAAAAACAUUCACCUUAAGAGAUGCUCUACUUAAAUAAACCUGUUUUGCCUAUGAUGCCGUGAAAUCUGUGUCAAUCAGAUUUAGCCUAACUUCGAAUGAAUUGUUCUCACAUGUAAACCCCUCAAUAAAAGUUCUGCAACUCAAGUUUGAGCGGUAAUAAAUUUCUUAGUGUGCCAUCAUCAUGUAUGUAAAAAUGGUAUCAUUGGUAAGCAUGAAUAUUCUUCUUUACAAUCAUGUGUCAUUUAUAAUGCUGUUAUCAUGGAAUGCGCAGACAUGAUAAAUAUGCAGUAAUGUCAAAAAUGAAAUGUUGCAAAAUUGAUUCUUUCCAAUGCCAAAUUUCCAAUUGUUUCGAGGAUGGACCAAGUUUGAAUGAUGUUGAUGCACUGAUGCCUGAAAAUCCACACAUUUUGUAUUCUUAUUUGCGUAAUGGAUUGAAUGUGUUUGGAAUAAUGUUGAACCUUGUCAUUUAAAAAAGUUUUAGGAUGUUGAAUUUAAAUCUUUAGCCUUCAACUAUGACCAUCCCAAUAGCAUUUAAGCAUUUUAGCCAGCACAUGGUUAAAAUUCUUUACAUGUAGAAAUGGAGACUCUGGUUAGAAAACAAUGUAUUUUGCAACAUUCUACUUCUGACUUUUUCCCUAUAAUCAGGGUAACUGCACAUUCCAUGAUUACAUAAUCACAGCAGAUGGCACAUCAUUGUGAAGAGGAAUAAUGAAGAUUUUCAAUGAUACUAGUUUCAUCUUUUAUACUACAGUAACUAAAGAUAUAUCAUCCCUCAAAUUUGAGUUGCAGAGCUUUUUUCGAGGGGUUUACAUGAUUCAAUUGUACACUUGAUUUUGAGAUUUCCUAGAUUUUACCUAUAAAAUAUUGCACAAAAAAAUUGUUUUUUACAAUAUCACGUGUACAUCUAUAGGUCUGGAAUGUAAUAUUGAGAUCUGAUUUCAAGCGUAUCAAAAUUACUUUGAGGGCAGUUUACUGUAAAAGAAUGGGUAUAUUUAUAACGAUCUGUAGUUUUUGAACUUAUACUUAAAACUUUACUCUGCAUAUAGCACCAGUGUGACUUGAAAACGAAUAAGACUUCAGUAUUUUCACAGGACAAGUGGACAACACAUAAAACUAAAAAUUAAGAAAUCAGGAUUUUGCUUGAAACCAUCAGUAUUCUUUUCAUUAUAUAGUACUAAAUACUGAAAAUCAGUACUACUUGGAAGCUCUACUAGCCAGUAUUGUAGUAACUGUCAUUGCAUGACAACUUACCAAUGAUUAUUUCCUCCAGCAAAAUAAGGGAAUAUAAAAAAUUAUGACAGGAGAAAGAAGAAUUUGUCCAUCCACCCAAGCAAUCGUUUUUUUAGUGUGCAUGAAAAUAAAUAAAUUCAUCACUAUAAUUUGCAGCAUUCCUGAUGCAAGUUUUUCACUGCAUGCAAGUUGUGAAUGAAGGUAUAUUGCAUUACAUAUUCGUCAAGAACAGUCAAUGAAAUAAGGAUCACAUUCCAAACAGGAUUCAUUUAAGCAAAAAGAAAAUGAUCAAUUUGCCUUUAUUCUGAGAUAUUUACACUAUAUGUUGUCGUAAGUAUCAAACAAUCUUUCAGAUACCAACAAAUGUACAUUUAGCAAAUUAGUCAUUUCAAAUACUGGGUAAAAGAAAAGUACAUAUAUUUGGACUAAUUUUCAGAAUGCAUAUUCCUUGUCUUUGAGAUUUCAGCUCUUUAUCCAUAAAUUAUGAAUAUUCUAAACAUAAGAACUAGAUAUCGUGACAACUUUAGUAAAACUCUUGCUUUUGAAUCCUUGUAGUAAACUAUGAUUAAUACGAAAAUGUGAAAAAGGACUGUAUCUAAUGCACAUACUUUUACAGAUUGAGAUUAUAUUCUCACAAUUUAAAGGGGAAAAUGAGUGUGUCAUCCCUGUUUUUGCAUGUGUACAAUAAAUAAAUGAAGUACACAAGAUACACAAAUUUACGAAAAACAAGAUUUAGGAAUUUCGAUCCAGGAGAGAAAUGUUGAAGGUCAGAUGUCA